GAUUGCUUAUCCAGCCCCAUUUAGUGCAAUUCCUCACUGGGAAGAGUCCGUAACCAGGAAUCACAAUAUUGGCCACUACACAUGUCCUCCUACUCUUCUCAGGUAUUAAAAAUGAGAUUUCUUCAAAGGAUUGUUUUAUUACUAUCCUGGACUUACUGUGCUGCACAAGAAACCUGUAAGAGGCCAGAAUUCAGGAAUGCCAGAUAUGAGGGAAAUGAAACAGUGUUUCAUCUUAAUGACAAACUAGAAUAUGAAUGUCUUGAUGGAUACAUUCGCGGAGAAGAAAGGAGCACAACGGAUUUCAUAGUGUGUGGUCCGGACGGGUGGUCUCAUACACCUGAAUGCCAUGAAAUAGAAUGUGAUAUUCCAGACCUGAAGCCGAACAUAAGAGCAAUUAAUGGGAAGGAUAAAUUUAAAGUUGGAGAUGUGUUGUCAUUUGCCUGUCAGAAGAACCAGAAAAGAGUCGGCCCUGAGUCCAUUCAGUGCUACCACUUUGGAUGGUCCCCCGACCCUCCUACAUGUCAAGAGGUGGUCAAAUCUUGUGGACUGCUACCCAGACUUGCCAAUGGAAAAGCUAACCUAAACACUAAGAAGUGGUCAUAUCUUCAUGGAGAAGUAGUGGAAUAUGAAUGUGAUGCAAAAUUUAUAAUGGAAGGACCCAAGAGAAUUGAAUGCAGUGAUGGAGAAUGGACAUCAUUGCCUGCUUGUAUUGAGGUUAAAAAAACAUGUGGUGACCCUCCUGAACUCAACCAAGGUGAUCUGAAAUCUAGCCAUCGUCCACCAUAUCAUCAUGGGGAUUCAGUAGAAUACAGUUGCAAAGAAGCGUUCACGAUGAUUGGAAACAAGAUAGUUACGUGUAUUCAGGGAACUUGGACAGCUCUUCCACAAUGCAUUGGAAUAAAUCAACUUAAGAAAUGUUCAGUGCCACCAGAUCCUUCAAAUGGAAAAAUUACUUCAAUGAAGGAAAGUGACUAUGGACACAAUAGUUUCUUACUUUUCAUUUGCAAUGCAAAUUUUGAAGCUGAAGAAUCUACAAGAAUACCAUGCAUAAAUGGAGAAUGGCAACGUCUCCCUGUUUGCCUGAGUAAAGAGAGAAGCAAACUGUGCCCCCCACCACCUAAAAUACCUCACGCCCAGAUGAUAUCAACGUCUGUGAGAUAUAUGAAUGGGGAAACUCUAGCUGUUCGGUGUGAGGAUGACUACCUGCUUCGAGGACCAGAAGAAAUCAAAUGUGAAAAUGGAGGGUGGAAAUUUGUGCCACGUUGUGUUCCUAAUGGAAAAUGCGGGCCACCUCCGCCUAUUGACAAUGGAGACAUCACCUCUUUCCUGUUACGUGAAUACCCUCCCGGAGCCCAAGUGGAAUACAAGUGCCAGAACCUUUAUAAACUGGAGGGUUCCAAACAGGCAACAUGCAUAAAUGGGAAGUGGACAAAUCCCCCGUGGUGCUUAGAGGCAUGUACAGCAUCUCCAGAAGAUAUGCUGAGAAACAAUAUUGAGCUCAGAUGGAGUGGCUCUAAAAAACUGUACAGCAAACCUGGAGAUGUCGUUGAAUUUUCUUGCAAAUCGGGAUUUAAGAAAGCUCCAGAGUCACCUCCUUUUCGAGCACAGUGUUUGCAAGGAACAAUUAUCUACCCCAAGUGUAUUAACGAGGCAUGUAUAACAUCUCUAGAAGAGAUGGCAAGAAACAAUAUUGAGCUCAGAUGGAGUCCCUCUGAAGUAAAGUACAUUGAACCUGGAGAUGCCAUUGAAUUCACAUGCAAAUUGGGAUUUAAGAAAGCUCCAGGCUCUCCUCCUUUUCGAGCACAAUGUCUGCAAGCAACAGUAAUCUAUCCUACAUGUAUUAAAGAGGCAUGCAUAACAUCUCCAGAAGAUAUGGCGAGAAACAAUAUUGAGUUCAGAUGGAGUCCUUCUCAAAUACAGUACGUCGAACCUGGAGGUGUCAUUGAAUUCGCAUGCAAAUUAGGAUUUAACAAAGCUCCAGGAUCAGCUCCAUUUCGAGCACAAUGUUUGCAAACAACAUUAAUCUAUCCCAAUUGUGUUAAAGAGGCAUGUACAACAUCUCUAGAAGAAAUGAGGAGAAACAAUAUUGAGUUCAAGUGGAGUGAACUUAAAAUUCAGCACAUUGAAUCUGGAGAUGUUGUCGAAUUCACCUGCAAAUUGGGAUUUACAAGAGCUCCAGAAUCACCUGCUUUUCGAGCACAAUGUUUGCAAGGAAUAGUGUUCUAUCCGAAGUGUAUUGAAGGUUGGCGAUCGAAAAAAGAAUGAGGAUUU